CAACCACCGAGCGCCCAGCGGGAGCCGAUCUCGAAGUCUCGGCAGCGUCGCCAAGUCGCUCGCAUGCGAAGUUGCUAUGAUUCAAUACAGCCACACGACUAGGGCUGAGGUCUCGCCGCCCUCCAUAGAGCUGCUGUUGGCAAGUAUAAUUCAAUCUCAGCCCCAGCGCCCGAGGCUUUUCAAUUUCUUCUCCUAAAUCUGUGCCAAAAUGUCGUUCAGAGACAUGACCGCGCUUCUACUCAUCAUCGGCUCGCCUCUGGUUCAAACCGCAGCUUCAGGGGCUCAGACAUUUGCUGCUGUCAUCAUCACACCCCCUGUAUUGCAGCCUCGCGGAGAGAUUGACGCAAAUUGGAUUGGUUAUAAAGUGGUCGGCACAGGAGGAACCUUUUCGCCGUAUUACUGCGCUGACGGAUUCGCCUUUUCGACAUCGGACACCUACGGCGCAUGCUGUACUCUAGGCUUUGUCAACUGCAGAGGCCCUACGACGUGCCCGUCUGGAACCCUCAUAUGGCCGGACGCCUACAGCACGUACUGUGGCCAGGGCUUCCUCUGUUCCACCGGCACAGUUGGCGGACUGUAUGAUGCAGUGGCUACCACUAAUCCUGCACCUUCAAUUAGUGUGAUUUGGUGUGCCUCCGAAGCCACGGAGUGGACGGCGUGGAACGAGGUUACGUAUGUGAAGGCCGCGAUAAAUACUGAUGGAACCCCUGUGUACAUCGCUGAGACCGCGGCGUCCAUAACCAGACCUACAACUUCCCAGUUGUCUACGACAUCCACUCCGCCGUCAUCCACCGGUGCGAGCCCGGGAUCGCAGACCCCAUCUACGGCCCAAACUUUCACGCCGACGGGAUCACAGAGCAGUUCCGGCCAGUCACCAUCGCCAACUGCAGCCGCAGCCGGUGGCCCCAAAGACAACGGUCUUGGCGUCAGCACCGGCGCUCUGAUUGGCAUUGUGAUCUCAGCAGUAUGCAGCGUAGUCGGUCUUGCAUUUGGAAUAGGGUUUAAGAUCUACAAGUAUCGCAAAGAACAGAAGAGGCAAAAGGCGGCUGCCGCUGGUUUGGGAUGAGAGCUGAGACUUCAAUAACGUAUCAUCAAUGGAGGACGGUAAGUUAUCGCAUAUAUGGUUCGAAUUAGCUGUGUUCUGACGAGAGCAUCGACAGCAUAUCUGCACGCGAACGACGAGCUUGAGAUAUGAGCCAUGUAGAGUGGAGUAAAGAUGAUCU